CAUUACAACCUCACAAUCUUCCUAGUUAUAGUGUUACAUUUUUAAAUGAUGUAUUUACAUUAAUUCAAACAACAUCAGGUAGUUAGGCCAGUAAUUAUUUCAAUAGACUCAAAACUGUUUAUUCUGUAUCACGUUCAUGUCUGCGUGCAGCGCACCGUUUGACGCCGUGGUUGGUCCUCGCUGACGCUGCUGUCAAAUGGCAACUGCCAACGCUCAAGAAGGAAACUCCUCCCUGUUGACAGCACGUUCCGUUACCUUCUCAGCGCAAUGGUUUCUUGGAUAAUCUCUAGACUUGUGGUGUAAGUUAUUUUUUAUCACAUUCUUCUUUCAUAAAAAUCCCAACUCGAGAUAAUGCCGUUUGCUGUAAAUAUGCGUUUUUUUUCUGUGACACAAGGUGCAUGACAGCAGUGGCGGCUUUAUAGCCUAUUUAGGCUACGUCUUAUUUCUAAGCAGAGAUGGUGACUCUGGGGUUUGAGACGAGACAGAAUAUUGUGCUCUGUUUAUGACUGUGUUAUUCCUUAUUUAAAGAAUGGGGUUUUUGCCAUUUCGGCGCACAUUAUUUGAUUUAAUUGUCAUAUCACAUUUAAAGGUCGGUGAAUAUUUUGUUUAGCCUAUUAUGUAUUUACAUGCGAUUAUAUUCCAGACAAAGAAUUACGUGAUUGCCCAAAUUAAAUAUGUAUAUUUCUAUUGAUAUAUGUCUGCUCAUGCAGAGCUAUGCAUGUUGGAAAUGAUCAAGCAACAAGAAUGCUGCCAUCGAUAGGGGAUUUCAUGCAGUAAAAGCAAAUAUAACUGAAUAAAAUGCUUUUAUAAAGCACAGAGCAGUGGUAAGCAGAGCUAUUUUAUGAUACUUGAUGUCCUUUAUUUGGAAAACAAAGGGAUGGGUCAACCCUCUCAGGUUACAAUACAAGUGUUGCAUAUAAUUCUAAGACUUUAUUGCCACAAAUGUUCUGAGCCAUCUGAAUAUUUAAGCACGUUAAUCUAUGGAAGCAGAAUUAUAGGCUCCACUGGCCAUUUCUAUUGUGUUGUAAUAUGGCGAAAUGAUUAAACGUGUUCACAACAUAUAGACUUGGAGUUAGCCAAAUCUCAAAAUAGCACGUAAAUUAAAUUUAGGUUACAAUAUCAUAUUACAUUGCUGUUUCAGACAUGAGGCUCCAAGUGUCUUCUUUCUGUCUGUCUUGGCAUUCAAAGCUCUAUAUAGACUAUCCAACACAACAUUUUAUUUGUUAUUUUGAGGUCUUAAGCAGAAACACUGAAUGCAUUUUGUUUUGAGUGACCUUGUGGGUGUAACAACUGUAUGGUUAUACAGGACAAGCCAGUGUAGGCCUAUAUACGUCAGUAAUUUAAGCAGGUCACACUCAGCUGUUGCCAUACUGUUGCUUCAAGACAAGGGGUCCCCCUGUCCGAAAGAUAUACAGUCCCACACAGGUGUAGUCCUCGUGUGGCCUUGUUUAAUAAGUUCGAAUUUUAAAUGUGCUCCCAUUAGUUUGAAUUGUUGUUGAAAAUAUGAGUGUCUUCAUGUCAAUUACACAUUCAACAAUAUGGGCGGAAUUGGAAAUCACUUGCGCACGUAAAACUCGGACUUAUCUCGCGGGGUCUCUGAUGGCAAUGGGAUUUUGGCGCAAAGGAAAUGCGCAUGGGAUGGUUCUCAGAUACUCACUCACAAUUUCUUGGGAAUAUGAGCCACUCCCUGUUGAUUUAUUAUUUGUUUAUAUAAACAUUAUGCAUUCAAUCAAAUCUAAAACAGUUUUAACACAGUCAAUUCGUCAUAAACCCAAUACCCAGGACUGGGGAGUCAGAGGAUAGAUAAUGGCAAUUCAAUUGUGAACUGCUGUCAGUUGCUGUAGCCUACUUUGGACAGUUUUUACUAUUGAGUUUUAUUUGCUUUUAUCCCCAUAAAUGUGUGUGGAUGUGCUGGACAAGCACUUAUUGCAUAGGCUAAUGACAUGUUUUGUGUUUUCCAGGCUUGUAUUUGGCACAUUAUAUCCUGCAUACUCCUCAUACAAAGCUGUCAAGUCAAAGGAUGUGAAGGAAUAUGUGAGUAUUAGCAACAUUAUGAAAAAAAGUGACAAUGAAACCAAACAGUAACAUGCCAUAGUCUGGGCAUAUUAUGGGCCAGUUUCACAGACCCAGCCAACUCUUGGACUGAAUUACUUAAACCAGGAUUUAUUAGAAUUGAGUUUAAUAUUCUGAACUAUUAUGUAUCAGACUAACUGUGAUAGUUAUUUUGAUUUUAAAGGUGAAAUGGAUGAUGUACUGGAUCAUAUUUGCACUAUUCACCACCAUGGAAACCAUCACAGAUAUAUUUAUCUGUUGGUAAGUUAAUGGUGUAUUAUAAAACACCUAUUUUGUUUAUGUAUAUUAUUAUUUCACUUGAUUUCAUAUAAUUAGUUAUGAUGUCCAAAAUAUUGUUCUGAAAUAGUACUGAGUCACAUAACAUUAGCCAACAUAGGAUAGUCAUAAGACUAAUGAUGGUGUUGUAAUGGAGUAUAGAUUUUAUGAAUGCUCUGAUCACUGUAUUAUUCUUCCCUUCACUGUAGGGUUCCUUUCUAUUAUGAGCUGAAGAUUGCCUUUGUGGUAUGGUUACUGUCUCCCUACACAAAGGGGUCCAGUGUUCUAUACAGGAAGUUUGUUCACCCAACACUAUCUUCAAAAGAGAAGGUGAGACCAGUGCAUUAGUACUUUUUUUUUUGUCCUCUUGAAAUGUAUUAUGAGGUGUCUUCUAUAUUAUAUAUGCUUUAAAUGCUCUGCUAAUAAUUUUAAUGACAGAGUUUGCUGUGAUCAAUUAUCCAAGGGAGAGGUUGGAUUGUCCUAGCUGGUCAUGUUUUGGGUGAUGGGCAGGAAGGAAACGGCACACGUCAGAGUUGAGAGGGGACCAACACAGGGACCCACUGUCAUAUGAAAAUAACAAUAACACUGAUUCUAAAAGACAAUCAAGAUGUCCACUCUUUAUGUGUGAAGAAACAUAUACAUUGCUAAAGAGCAAUCUCAAGACAGAUAGAGACCAUGUUCAUUACAAAUAGUCACAACAUUUAUUGUUUACAUACAGUACAUCAAAUCUAUGAAUGUGUUUUUCACAUGGCCUGCCAAUAAAAACACAAGUAAUGUGUUUUUCUCUCUGUCCAGGAUAUUGAUGACUAUCUCUGCCAAGCAAAGGACAAAAGCUACGAUACUCUGGUGACUUUUGGGAGGAAAGGUUUGAAUGUAGCAGCCACAGCUGCAGUCCUGGCUGCGACAAAGGUAAUGCUUACUAUUUUAAUUUCUGAUGUGUCCUGGGGGAAUGGUGGGGUGAAGUGAUGUUUUUCUGUAUUCAUAUAGAUAAUUCAUAGUGUUCAUGUAUUUUGUCUCCCACCCCAGAGCCAAGGAGUACUGUCAGAUAGACUACGAAGUUUCAGCAUGCAUGACUUGUCUGCCUACCAGUCCGACCAAACUGAGAUGGACUCUGGAUCUGUCUCCACCCAGUCUGCAGCUGGACAACAGAGGGCCAAGACCAUGAUGCGCAGCAAGUCAGAGAGUGGCUACACCAAGGGUGAGACUAUACUGCCACAUACACUUACAUCACUAACCAGGAUACAGACAGAACGAAUGACACAGCCAGUGUCAGGAUGAGAUGAUCCUAUUGCACAUAAUUUUCCCAUAAGACAAUUUGAUCACCUCUUAGAUAACUACCAGGUAAUAGCUAAGUAGCAAUAUGGUAACACUGAAAAGGGUAGAUACAGUGCAUUCGGAAAGUAUUCAGACCCCAUUACUAUUUCCAAAUGUUGUUACGUUACAGCCUUAUUCUAAAAUGGAUUAAAUAGUUUUUUCCCCUCAUCAAUCUACACACAAUACCCCAUAAUGACAAAGCAAAAACAGGUUUUUAGAAAUGUUUGCAAAUGUAUAAAAAUAAAACACGGAAAUAUCACAUUUACAUAAGUAUUCAGACCCUUUACUCAGUAUUUUGUUGAAGCACCUUUACCAGCGAUGACAGCCUCAGGUCUUCUUGGGUAUGACGCUACAAGCUUGGCACAUCUGUAUUUGGGGAGUUUCUCCCAUUCUUCUCUGCAGAUCCUCUCAAGCUCUGUCAGGUUGGAUGGGGAGCGUCACUGCACCGCUACUUUCAGGUCUCUCCAGAGAUGUUCGAUCGGGUUCAAGUCCGGGCUCUGGCUGGGCCACUCAAGGACAUUCAGAGACUUGUCCCGAAGCCACUCCUGCGUUGUCUUGGCUGUGUGCUUAGGAUCAUUGUCCUGUUGGAAGGUGAACCUUCGCCCCAGUCUGAGGUCCUGAGCACUCUGGAGCAGGUUUUCAUCAAGGAUCUCUCUGUACUUUGCUCCGUUCAUCUGCCCUUGAUCCUGACUAGUCUCCCAGUCCUUGCUGCUGAAAAACAUCCCCAUAGCAUGAUGCUGUCACCACCAUGCUUCACCGUAGGGAUGGUGCCAGGUUUCCUCCAGACGUGACGCGUGGCAUUCAGGCCAAAGAGUUCAGUCUUGGUUUAAUCAGACCAGAGAAUCUUGUUUCUCAUGGUCUGAGAGUCCUUUAGGUGCCUUUGGCAAACUCCAAGCGGGCUGUCAUAUGCCUUUUACUGAGGAGUGGCUUCCGUCUGGCCACUCUACCAUAAAGGCCUGAUUGGUGGAGUGCUGCAGAAAUGGUUGUCCUUCUGGAAGGUUCUCCCUUCUCCACAGAGGAACUCUGGAGCUCUGUCAGAGUGACCAUCAGGUUCUUGGUCACCUCCGUGACCAAGGCCCUUCUCCCCCGAUUGCUCAGUUUGGCCGGGCGGCCAGCUCUAGGAAGAGUCUUGGUGGUUCCAAACUUCUUCCAUUUAAGAAUGAUGGAGGCCACUGUGUUCUUGGGGACCUUCAAAGCUGCAGAAUUUUUUUGGUACCCUUGUUCAGAUCUGUGCCUUGACAUAAUCCUGUCUUGGAGCUCUACGGACAAUUCCUUCGACCUCAUGGCUUGGUUUUUGCUCUGACAUGCACUGUCAACUGUGGGACCUUAUAUAGACAGGUGUGUGCCUUUCCUAAUCAUGUCCAAUCAAUUGAAUUUAUCACAGGUGGACUCCCAAGUUUUAGAAACAUCUCAAGGAUGAUCAAUGGAAACAGGAUGCACCUAAGCUAAACCUAAGCUACAUUUCGAGUCUCAUAGCAAAGGGUCUGAAUACUUAUGUAAAUAGCGUAUUUCUGUUUUUAUUUAUUUAUAAAUGUGCAAACAUUUCUAAAAACCUGUUUUCGCUUUGUCAUUAUGGGUGUAUUUAUUAUGUGUAGAUUGAGGAUUUGUAUUUAUUUAAUCCAUUUUAGAAUAAGGCUGUAACGUAACAAAAUGUGGAAAAAGGGAAGGGGUCUGAAUACUUUCCGAAUGCACUGUACGAUUGGCAAUGUGUACACCUCUAGCAUGUGUACUAGUACGGCCUAAUAGAGUAAAUCAUAUUUCACAGUUGAACUCCCUAGUUAGUAACAUAUUUACCUUACUGCUUAGUAUUGCUCAUUGCUUCAAAGUAAAGGCAUUAGAAAUGUUGGCACUGCUGAAAACAGGUCUGUUUCCUCUGCGUAAACAAACAUUAUCAUAUGGCCUCUUUCCUGUUUAAGCCUGAAGAUAAUAGUUAUGUGCCCUGACUUUCCUUAGUCCCCCUAACCCCACAUCUCUAUUCCUGUUUGUGACGCUCCCUGACUGCAGGUCAGUCUCCACAGGGCUGCCAGGCAGGCUCUAGACCAGUGGUAUUCAAACUUUCAAACCCCAAAUCUGACGACACAACAUUAAAAUCGGUCCAUUUAGAUUUUCACAUAAAUAAAUAACCUUCAAUUCAUUACAUUUUCUCUCUUAUCAAAAUUAAGAGAACCAAUAAAUACAUUUACUCACUGAAAUUGUAUUUUUCAAAUGAUUUUUCUCAAAAACAUUUGUAUAUUGUCUCAUGAAAAAAUUCUGUAUUCUUAAUUUUGGGCAACCCCACUGCAAUUCCCUUGACUUUGAAUACCACUGUUCUAGACCCACCUAGGAAUGAUUCACGUUUAGCUUUUAUCAUAGAAUGACCAGAGCCUGCUCUUUGUUGGCCAUACUAGUUCAAUGUUUCAUGUCUCAUUAUACGGUAUGUGUUGUACAGUCCUAAAGUUUCUUUGAGAUUUACUUUGUUUGGAUUGAUGAGUCUAUUUUCCAAGAGGUUAUUAAUAGCCACAAGGUGAAAAAGAAUGCUUUUGCACCGUCGCUCUGUUAACAUUUUUUGUUGUGGAUGACUGUAACUGUAAGUGGCUGUACUGUAUGUGGAUCAUUAACAAGUUUUCCAAUUAUGUUUGAAAAACAUGUUUCGUUAAUUUACCACACACUUAUUGUACAAUAAUUACAAUGUGAUUAUCUGUGUUUUCAGAACAACAUGAUAUUAGCUGAUAGGUCAACCAGCGUCCUUCAUAUUGAAAGAGCAGGGUUAUGAAAGGCUAUUUUGGCCUUUUGCUUUCCGUUUCCAUGGCAUAUUGAAUGAUGAGAUGGAAAUCCAGUGUACUCAACAUGAUUCUGCAGACUAAAUGAAGGGCACUGAAGAGGAGUCCUCGUCCUAAUGGCAUUGCUCUGUGAGAGAGGGUAUCCCAUAUCUUUCAGCAUUAUUCUAGUCCUUAUUCCCCUGCCUGCACACAUGGUCCUUUUGAUGUCUGCUCCCGUGCUCUGUGUAGAGAACAACAACCCUACUCUGCCCCUUAGAAAGUCAAUUCAUAACAACCUCACUGUAGUGACGCUACAGCACUUCAAUAAUUAUAGUACAACAUUUUCACUGCUGCUUUCAGCAUACAUUCUGAUAUGUGUCUGUUCAUUUUUCACCACCGUUGCUUCUCACGGUGCAGGGCAGGAUUUGGAUAUGACUGCGUAUGAGGUGUUGAGAUUCGACCAGUGUGACACUAAGGAGCUGCUGUCCCACCCUAUUACGCCCCCCAAACCCACACUCCCUCCUUCACCCUCUCUGACCCCCCAGCCCUCUCCACCUCCAUCCCUUGCACCAGAGCAGACUGAGGACAUGGGGGGGGAAACAUCAACAAGCACCCCACAGCUCAGGCUGAUUAAGAGGAAGGCACCUGAGGUACUCCUUUAAACUGGCUGGCCUACUGUGUGUGGUUCUAACUGCCCCUGAACUGGACUGUGACUAACACACCGAGUCACUAAUUCUAACUGGGUUCUCGUGGCGUGGCACGGUAUCAUUGCAAAAAUUAGGACGGCAGAUCAUUUUUGGCCUGAAAUUGGUUGUACCGUUAUGAUACAAAUUAGUUUCUAAUAUGCAUUUGUAGUUUUAGUGGACUGAUGUGUGUAAAUUGAUGUUAUUUUCAGUAAUGUUUUACUGCUUUUAUGACUUUGCUGUUGAAUGCAAUGGAAGUAUUGAUUUGAUUGCAUGUAUUGUUUUCCCAAUUUCCCUAGAAAACAAGCUGGAACAGGCCUCUGACAAGAACAUUCCACGAUUGCUUUCUUUACCAUGUGUCAAAUCAUAUUUUCAUAAUUUACUGAGUGUUUAUCUUGUGCCCAAACUGACUGUAGAGAUACACAGAGCAUGCAUAUCGGACAGACAAGAUCAACAUUGUCAGCCCACAAACCAGGAAUAAUGUUGCAUUUACUGCUUUCAGAACCGUUAUGGUUAAUCAGUGCCCCAUCUCUCUUUUUUCCGUCUCUCUCUUUCCAGCCUCCUCCUAGAGACAUAAGGCCUCUCACAAGAUCCAGGAUUGCCCAGCUGUCUUCAAACAGAGAAGGCAUGUGAUUUUGUGUUAGCUGCGAGGAGAAGAGGGUAAAUAAGGAAAUGUGGCCAAAAGCUAAAUGCAUAAAGCAGCCUUGUUUUAGUAUAAGGAAACCAAAGUGACUUGUGACCCUCUAUCUUAAUAUAUAUGACCUCUGGCACAUACUGUACUGUAAAGGAGACAGAUGGUGGGUGCCAUCAAGGUAGCACUCAAGAGUGGGCUCCAUACCAUACAGACAUUUGGAUUGAUUUGGUCGGUCAUUGAAUAUGUUUUUGUAUGUAUGUAAAGUGUGUGUAUUUAUCAUUCAGAUAGUUUUUUAUAUAUUAUGUUUAGAGACAAAUGCAUGUAUGUGUCUCUGGUCCUUAGUCAGGUGAUGUCAUAAAACAGAAUGUAUUGUCACUUCAUCUUUUUGUGGCUACUUGGUCACUGUCUGAGAUGGCAUCAGUCAUCAGGAGAGUAGCAGGGUGAAAUAAUCCCUAAGUAAAGGAUUUGGUUGUCCACUCACUGUCUUGGGUUUGUAGGGUGAGCUUUGACCUGGCAAAUACAAUCUGUACUGACAAUUUAACAGAAAUUAAUUGUCCUGUCAGGUUAGUAUAACUCCUCAAAGGUGGUAUUUAUUUAUGAGAUAAAAUAGCUGUGGUAGGACUUCAAAAAUGCUGAUUAUAUGAAUCUACUAGCAAUGGAACUAAAAGAGUCAGCCAACUACAAGUAAGGGCUCUAUUCAAUCUGUA